CACCAACAAAAUCCACGCGUACUGCCGCUCCUUUCAAAAAUUCAAGAAGCUCUCCCCUUCAAUCGCAUCCAACAAACAAGUCGAGAUUUUCGAAGGUUCCCUCCAAGACACUUCACUCUUAGCGAAUUGUCUCAAGGGAGCCGACGCCGCUUUCCUGGCCGUAGCAGAAGUAAAAAAAACAAACCAGGCUGUUCCAUCGCACAAGAAACCUCUCAUGCAGUCGUAUCGGCAUUAUCACUCCUCAGGAAACAAAAUGCCGAUGAGAAACUUCCGAAGCUAGUCGUCCUGUCUUCAGCUUCUCUAGACCACGGGCUCAUGUCCAGCACUCCAGGUAUCAUCCUCAACAUCCUCUACCGCGCCAACUCAUACAUCUACGACGACUUACGCGUCGCGGAGAAGUUCCUCCUAUCAAAGGAAAACGAAUCGCUCGUCAGAGCGACAUUCGUUAGACCGGGAGCUCUGGCACAUGAUGCUCAGAAAGGACAUUAUUUGAGCUUAGAGAAGGCAGAGAUGCCUUUGUCGUUUUUGGAUCUUGCGGCGGGGAUGUUGGAAGUUGCUGAGGAUGAGAAGGGGAGGUGGAUUGGAAAGGGAGUUGCUGUCAGUCCGACGGCAAAGGAUGUACCGUUUCCAUGGGAAGCGCCAUUGUUUCUGUUUACGGGGUUGCUAUUUCAUUUCUUGCCGUGGACGUUUAGGUAUUUAGGUUGAUUUUAAUUCCGA